AUGGUGAGGGGGAAAAGUCCCUUCCGGUUUGAGAAUAUGUGGUUGAAAAUGGAUGGUUUUGUUGAUAAAGUUGAUUCAUGGUGGAAUCAUCAUUCUUUCUCAGGUACAUCUAGUUAUGUGUUCGCUAAAAAAUUGAAAACUUUGAAAGAAGACAUUAUUCAGUGGAAUCGCCAAGAAUUCGGUAAUGUUGACUGCAAGAAGAAAGAAUUAUUGGGGGCUUUAGCGACGCUAGACGCUAAGGAUGGGGCUCUUGGACUCACUGAAACAGAGAUGUUUGAGAGAAACGAAGUGAGAUCACAAAUAGAGUAUCUUCUUUCUCUAGAGGAGAUCUCAUGGAGACAGAAAUUGAGAAUGUUGUGCAUUAAGGAGGGUGAUCAUAAUACUAAUUUCUUCCACAAGAUGGCUAACUCCCAUAGAAGGCAUAAUCAUAUGAGUUUCUUAGAAGUGGAUGGGGUGAUUUAUGAGGAAGGAGCAGAAGUGGCUGCUCAAGUAGUUCAAUUUUAUAAAACUCUAUAUCAAAAGACCGAAGAGUGGAGACGUUUUGUGGAAGGUUUAGAGUUUGAUCAAAUUGAGGAGGCGGAGAGGGGUUGGAUGGAGAGGAGGUUUGAGAAUGACGAGAUAAUACAAGUGGUUAGAAAUAUGGAAGGGGAUAAAGCUCCAGGUCCAAAUGGCUUUUCUAUGGCAUUUUUCCAACACUGUUGGAGAGUGGUAGAAAGUGAUGUUUUAGUAGUUUUUUAG